UCAGCAGAAUAGCCCCUAACUGGCCAGUGCACUUGCUGGCCUACAGAGGAAGCCAGAGAGCUUUAAUCAAGUCCCCCAGCACGACCCUUUGGCUUCCACCUCUACCCAGAGCACCAGCAGCAGUAGUGAGGCCCACAAAUGUCCCUGGCUCAACAGGCCCCCCAGCAUGACCCUGUGGCUUCCCCCUCCACCCAGAGCACCAGCAGCAGUGGUUCAGACCCAGAAACCUCCCUGGCUCAACAAGCGCCCCAGCAUGACCCUGUGGUCUCCCCCUCCACGCAGAACACCAGCAGUAGUGGUGGUGAUCCAGAAAUGUCCCAGGCUCAACAAGCCCCCCAGCAUGACCCUGUGGCCUACCCCUCCACCCAGAGCACCAGCAGCAGUGGUGGAGACCCAGAAAUGUCCCUGGCUCAACAAGCCUUCCAGUAUCAGCCUGUGGCCUUCUUCUCCACCCAGAGCACCAGCAGCAGUGGUGGAGACCCAGAAACGUCCCAGGCUCAACAAGCCGCCCAGUAUGACCCUGUGGCCUACCCCUAUACCCAGAGCAACAGCAGCAGUGGUGCAGACCCAGAAACCUCUGGCUCACCACCUCCCCAGCAACACCCUGUGGCCUUCUCCACCAAGAGCACCAGUAGCAGUGGCAGAGACCCAGAAAUGUCCCUGACACAGCAACAACCAUCCCAGGAAGCCAGUGUCAUUCAGGCUGGGCAGCCCAAGGCUUUGACUUCAGCCUUGCCAAUAAGGAGGCUGUGACUGCCGCAGGGCUGCCAGGAGAUGCACUUCCAUUGUAUUAAAAUGUUUUUGCCUGUGUCCACCGCCGAAAAGGAGGAAUAAGAUGACCCCAACAUAGUUGCACGGCUGAAGACAAAAAUCAAGUUGGUUGGGUCAAUAUUGUUACCAUAGUCACUACACUUAGAGUAGUUUUAUAGUCAGUGUAGACAGGUGGCACCAUGCAGCAGGGAUCAGCCUACACCACACCUGACCAGGAGCUCCAUAACUGUAAAAUCCUGGACACCAUUGGCCGUGGCACAUUCAGUGAGGUCCAGGAUCACAUGCUGAUUGGGACCCAAAUGGCCAUCAAAAUCAUCCCCAAGGCUGGCUCCCUUGGCAUCACUGUCCAGAGAGUGGUAAGUAUUUUAAAGUUACUCUGCCACUUCAAUAUUUGGAUUACACUCCAAGUCCAAUUCCCAGUCCAGCAAUCCUGCCCUCAGAGGCUCCCUUCAUCUGUCCACUUGGCAAAGGAAGGGGCAGGUCGGCCCACGCCCCCUGUCUGGCUGCAGACGACAACCAUCAGAAGGGUGUCUGUGUAGCCGGGGCCCCAGAACCAUGUCUGCGUGGAAAGGGCCCAAGAACCUGGAGCCCUUUCGGUUCAAGAAGAGCGUGAGGGACCCAGCCCCCUUCUGAAACCUAUACCGCAUUCUGGCCUGUGCCCUAGAAGGUUGUGAAGGCCUCUAAGUGGGUCCUCCUGCUUCCCCAUCUUCUAAGGCCCAGGCCUUUUUCAGACCUUCCGUGGGUCCCACCCCUGCACCCAUCACAUGGUGUCUGGUCCCUGCCUGCCUGGCUCACACCCCCCGCCUUCACCUACUGCCCUAUUUUUAUCCCUGGGACACCCCACUGGGCACUGCUCUUCCC